UAUUUUCACAUCAAAUCUCCGAGUCACCAUUAAACUUAAACCAGGAUUUCAGUCACGACAAUAUGGACACCUAUAUGGUGGUUGAGCAUUUACAGUGUUCCAUGUCCAAAGAUCUGCUUUGCAAAUUUCCCGACAUUUCAGCAUUGGAUUUCGAGAAAGCGACAACAAAAAUCAAGAGGAAGUUGUCCAAUGCUGUUAUAGAGAAUUUGAGGGAAUGUCACAGAUUGAAGAAGAGAAAGAAGAAGGCUUUUGAUUUCACUCGUUUACCAUCUUCAUCUAAACUUAACUCCACUACUUCAACCCCACGAAAGGAGUGGGGUAAGGUACUGAAAGCGGCUACGAAGCAUUUCAAGAAGAGGAAUAAUAAGAAAGAUUCCAUAGGUGAUGCUAAUUUUUCCGAAUGUUUGAUUGACAGUAGUCUUCUGCGAAGUUCUACAUAUCCAUAGUUUGUAUGGUGUUUGGAUUGAUGAGGCAAGAGCAUUUGUCUUGUUUCUUUUACAAAUGUGUUUGUAAUACCUGAAAUUCCAAUUUAAUCAGUAUUUGUGCUGCUGAAGGAGUGCAUUUGUUGCAAAAAAAAAAAAAAAAAAAACCAAGUGUUAGCUCUACUGUAAUUUAGAGUAUGUUUAAAUAAUGUAAUAGCAAUUCUACUGUGAUUGCUAGUAAAACAAGGAGCUUACUGGCUCUGCCCUGUAAUAGUAUGAUUUCUUAAAUGCUAAGUAUUUCUUGUGCUACUACAA